ACAUGAUCGAUAUCCCUUUGUUGAGAAAUUGAGAAUUCUCGCUUUGUGGCUACAUAUUUAUUUAUGGGUUCAUUUCGCGGCUCUGCAGUCGGACAAAGGGACAUCGACCGGUGCUUGCAAGCAUGCAGAAUGGAUGUGAUGUGAUCGUUUUCGAGAUUAACCUUAUGGGACGAUUUGGCAACUGUCUCCGUUAUUCCUGAUUCAUCAAGCCAAUGUCUGCACUGUACCCCAUCGGUCUCAUUGGCACUGAUAGAUCGCAGAACGUCGGCACUCCUCAGAAUCACUAUCCGUCGAUCAAGUUAGAAGGUGGUCCCGAUGUUUUUCAACGCUAUGUAACCAAAUCUAGUCACAUUCCCCCCAGCGGCAGGUGACAACGUCCCAACCUAGCGAGAAAGAGUCAAGCACUCUGGCCGCCAGGGUCAUACAGGGUGCUCAGGUUUAAGACUGCCUCAUUUCCACCUGACCUGCGUCUGUUCUCUGCAACUGCCACUUCCACGGCAAGAAGACGCCGCCCCUGACCAACAUUACGCUCGCCCCGCUCAUUAUAAUAACCCCACGUUAGCCUUCACGAGCUGAAGCCCGUUUAUCAUCCCUCAGAAGCGUCCGAGUAACUUGCUCCUUGCUCCCACCAGCCCGAAAAUGAUGUCUCAGAGUUCAAAAAUCCAAACCGGCCUCUGCUUUCUACUGUUCUUGUUACCGUUCGUCAUCCUUGAUGAUCCUCGUACCCAAGUGAUUUUUUCUCCGAAAGGUUCCAUCAGAGGAGCUGAGUCCAAGACGAGGGACGUCUUCCAAUAUUCACUUCGCUACGCUCAGCCGCCCGUUGGUCAAUUGAGAUGGCGCGACCCAUUGCCGGUCAAUCGUUGGAAUGGGAUUUUCGACGGUACCAAUGCGCCGCCUCUCUGUCCCCAACCAAACAUCCCCUCCCAGCAGAGCUUUAGUGAAGACUGCUUGUAUUACACAGUAUACAGCCCAGUAAAUAGAGUGGGGAAACUCCCCAUCUUUGUCUGGCUCCACGGUGGUUCCUUUGUCCAAGGUGGCGCAACCAACUAUGGACUUGAUGGCUCCGCGUUGGCCGGAAAGUCCAAUAUGGUUGUGGUUGUAGUACAGUACAGGCUUGGGUUACUUGGAUUCUUAAAAGGUUCCCUUGCGAGAACAAAUCCUCCUAUCAGUGGAAACUAUGCAGUAAAAGAUGUGAUCACAGCUCUGAAUUCCAUCAAGGAAUUGGCCGAUACUUUUGGUGGUGACCGCAACAGCAUUACCUUGGCCGGUCAAUCCAGUGGAGCUGAAAUGAUCAAGACACUUUUGGUGACCAGAUCUGCAUCUGACCUGUUCCAAAGAGCUAUUCUUCAUUCUGCACCACUGAACUACGGCGAUCACUCAGUCAAAACGGCCGAUGCUAUAGGUGCAAUUGCGAUCCCUUUAUUCAAUUGUCAAGAUGAUUGUUACAGAUCUUACUUAGACGUAGACACCAUUCUUGAGGUUCAAAAUGCUCUGAUGGAUCAGCUUCCAAAUCGCCUCCCCGAAGUCGCUGCCUCUGAGCCGUUCAGGCCGUUCGUCGACAAUGCACUGAUUACCACAGACUUCAUGCGUGCUAUCAAUUCUCCGGGCAGUAGGGAUCUUUACCUGGGAAGCCGACAGAUCAUAUUUACAACCGUCAAGGACGAAGCCGCUCCCACCAUUGAGUAUCGAGCUAAAGACUUGAAAUCCAUCGGCCAAAUUCCCCUAUUGAUCAAUGCCGCUCUAGGUUCUCUCGAUCCCAACCGUAGCUCAGCUGUUCAGUCAUCUCAUGUCUACAGCCGCGAAUUAGGUUUUGAACUCAUUUUUAGAAACAGAAUUCAAGCUGCCAAAGAGACACUUCUCCUGUUCGGAUCCGACUAUAUUUGGACAUGUGCCAAUCAGCAGGUAGCCGUCAAUUUGACUCGAAACUUCCCCCCUCCCGGGGGAAACAACACAAUCUGGCUUGCCGAGUUCGACUUGGGAAUUCCCUACCCUUCAACUCAGAACAUUCCCCUGUGUCGAGGAAAGGUUUGUCACGAAGACGACAUUUUGGCCGUUUUUGGAACACCGAAAGAUUAUUCCGGUUUCCUGUCAUAUUCACAGAGGAAAUUGAUAACUGAAGUCGGCAAACGCUGGGCGGCUUUCGCCGCGUCUGGAUCCCCGAACCUCGACGGCUAUGCUACUUGGUCCCCCGUGGCAAAUGGCGAUGAACUCAACCUCUUGAGAUUUGGCGAAACUUUCGGGAAGAUUACACCGGAUCAAAGACCCUGGGCAUGCAGUGAGAGUGACGGUUUUUGGGGAACGAAAGUUCGGUUCGAUUCUCAAAUCACAAGUGGCUCUUCAUAGUUUCAAUCUCCCUUGAUCAUCUUGUCACAAUUCUCCAUCUGGAGUAAUUAUUUUUAUCAGCCUUUUAUGUCUAAAGAUCGAUUACGUUGUGUUAAGUUUCUCUUGAAUCCUUCAUGUCGAGCAGAGUUGCUCUUGUUUCUGAGAGAUCAUACUGUUAUGAAAGUCCUGUACCCGAAGUGUGCUUCUCAAAGUAAAUGGUGACAUCCCAAAGGUUCAGUGGGUGAAACUAAUGUUUUUUACAAGCACGCCGAAAGAGUGUUAUUGGAUAGUCGAUAGCAAAGUAAUACUAAUAGUAAAAUCA